AUGCCUGCUGCAAAGACUACACCUCGAAUCGUCGAGUUAGCUGCUAUAAUCAGCAAAUCCGUGGCGGAAUUGCAAACAACCUUAGACUCCAAGGGCGCGCCAUCGCCUUCCUUUGACGAGGAUGCUCCAACUCGGUUACCUGACGAGUGCAACAAGGCUCAAGACACUGUCUUGGAUGCCACCAAAGAGCUCUACGAUCUUCUGCUAGAGCCCACGACUCUGAUCCUUAAGAAUAGUGCAAACAAUAGCGUUGGCAGUCUUGGUUUCAUUGCCCGCUUCGACGUUCCAAACAUGGUCCCCCUAGGGGGCCGUAUGUCCUUUGCUGAAAUCGCAGAGAAGACCUACUUUGAUGAAAGUGUCGUCGCUCGUCUACUGCGUGAUGCUGUGUGCAUGCGCAUCUUUCGGGAGAGGCAGCCUGGUUUCAUUGAGCACACAAAGACAUCUAAGGUUCUCCGUGAACCAUGGCUCCUCGCAUUCGUCAGAGCUGGCGCUGAUGAAGGAUGGGCAACAAUGUCCAAGGUUGUCGAUGCCUUACAGAAAUGGCCAACUUGUGAAGAACCAGACCAAACGGCAUUCAAUCUUGUACACAAUACAACUGGCAGCUACUUUAGCAACGUGGCCAAUGAUCCUGACAGGGCGGCCCGCUUUGGCUCCGGGAUGACGAUCCAGUGGGAGUUUCCUGGGUACAAGCUCGAGUACCUGCUGAAGGACUACGACUGGGCAGGUCUUGGUAACGUCCAAGUCAUUGACUUGGGAGGUUACCGAGGCCGCAUUUCGUUGGCCCUUGCGGAAAGAUUUCCCAACCUGAACAUGCUCGUCCAGGAUAUGGGCAUGAACAAGGAGGAGGCCCAUGCAGCCGUGCCGGCCGAGCUCAAGAGCCGGGUCAACUUCAUGAUCCACGACAUGUUUGAAACGCAGACUGUUGCCGCCGAUAUCUACCUGAUUCGCCAGGUCCUCCAUGACUGGCCUGAUAAGCACGGCGUGAAGGUGCUCCGGGCCCAGAUACCGAAGCUUAGGAAGGGGGCCAAGAUUCUUCUGAACGAGUCGCUGUUGCCUGAGACUCCAGGGAGCUCGUUGCCACUUUGGAAGGAAAGGGACUUGAGAUCAAUGGACCUCGGUCUUAUCGCAACCAUGAAUGGUCGGGAGAGGACUUUGAAUGAGUGGAAGGCAAUUGUCAAUGAAGCGGACCCAAGGUUUGUUAUCAAUAAUGUUUUCCAAUCACCAGACUCCAUGUUGGCUCUCAUAGAAAUUGUGUGGAUGCCAUAG